CGCUCAAUUGUAGGCAGAGCUCAGGAGCGUAUGGUGCUGAAACCGAGGCUGUAACGUCAUUCUCCACUCUAAACCUCACCCACCCUCCCAGAGGCGAGCAGCUCUUUCACAGGCACAGGCGCAGACGGACUGACUGGCUGGAGCUGUAGCGGAUUGCUGUAGUUAACGGAUACACUGCACAAUGCGUGAAUACAAGUUAGUAGUCCUUGGAUCAGGAGGUGUCGGCAAGUCUGCGCUGACUGUUCAGUUUGUCCAAGGGAUCUUCGUGGAAAAGUAUGACCCCACAAUAGAAGACUCAUACAGAAAGGCAAUGGAGGUGGAUGGACAGCAGUGUAUGUUGGAAAUUCUGGAUACUGCCGGAACGGAACAAUUCACAGCCAUGAGGGACCUGUACAUGAAGAACGGCCAGGGCUUUGCACUAGUAUACUCCAUAACAGCACAGUCCACCUUCAACGACCUGCAGGACUUGAGAGAACAGAUUCUGCGGGUCAAAGACACGGAUGAUGUGCCGAUGAUCCUGGUGGGUAAUAAGUGUGAUCUGGAAGACGAGAGGGUGGUCGGGAAAGAACAGGGCCAGAAUCUCGCCCGCCAGUGGAACAGCUGUGCUUUCCUGGAGUCCUCUGCAAAGUCCAAGAUUAACGUCAACGAGAUCUUCUAUGACCUGGUUCGGCAAAUCAACAGGAAAACUCCAGUACCUGGAAAGGCACGCAAAAAGUCCACCUGCCAGCUGCUCUAAUAUACAGCUGUUCUUUUGCUCUGAGCCAGGUCUGAUUUACUGCUGUACCUUUCAGCAGUGCCAGCAUUCCGACGUUACUAAAACCUAACAUCGAAUGGACUUUCCUAUGUGGUGAUGCCCCUUUAACAAACCAACCAACCAACCAACCAACCAACCAACCAAUGGAAUCAAGGCUACAGUACCAUGACAGUUUUUUGCACAUAGAUAACCAUCAUCACUUUCCAAUGUUGUGAGAAAGAGAUUUUUACAUAUAAAUAUAUAAAUAUAUAUUCUAACUGUAUGCAACUGAAUAAAAAAAAAUAAAUGAGUAAAUGAAUACAGAGCUAGACAAAAAGAAUUUUUAAAAAAAUACAGAGCCUACACGCAGUGUUAUCGCUAACGGAGACAGCCACCGUUGUAAAUGUAAGGAGGGAAUGUCUAACCAGGCUGUGCACGUUGCCAUGGCAAUUACAAUGAUAUUUAUAAGCACCACUAUUUUAGCCAGAAAGGAGAGGAAGUCCAAAGAGCUCCUAUAUAAACCAUUCUUACAGCUAACUUUCACUCCUUGUUGUUUUAUUUUUAUCUUUGUUUGUAAUUUUUUUUUUUUUUUUUUUUUGUUGCUUUUAUUCUAAAUAUGAUUUCUUUAUCUUCUGCCUUUUUUCUCUUUUAUAAAAUUACUAGUUUUUUUGCUCUAUGGAGAUGUUAUAUUCGCAACAGCUAUUGAAUUUUACCUUAGGAAAAACCUGUGGAUACAGUGAUGUACAUGUAAAAAGUUUUUCUGUCACUAUCAUUGUCCUUAGCCUCAGAUGUUGCCUUCAAAUAUGUGUUAAGUCUUUUUUUUUUCCUCUUUAUUUCCCAUGAGGAAACUUCAUUUCCAUGAUCUUUGGUCCAUCUCAUAGGCCACGCCAGGUUUCUUUGUCUUGUUUUUCAAAGAACUUUGUACAGCAGGCUUUUUUUUAAGGGGUAUUCAAAAUAAAAGGUUUAAAAACUUAGUUUUAGUACCCCCCCCCCCCAUAUCUGUCAGAAGCUCAUCUUUUGGGUGGUUUCAUAAUAAAGAAUCAAAUCCCUCUUCACAAAGCUGAUCCUGAUCAAAUGUAGGACAUAUAUACAGUAUGUAUUUUAAAGAAUUGGGGUUUUUAAUACACCAUAACAACAAACUGUCAUCAGAGAUGACACUCUCGAUACACAAUCUUCGCCCCCUUCCCCUUGCUUGCUGAUGAUGCAUCUGGUGUAAACUGAGGAUAUGAAAACCAAAUAUUGGAUCCUGUCAGUAAAGAGUGAAGAAAAGAUGUCUGUUAGUGACUGUUUCGACUUUGUAAUAAUUUGCCGUUUUCUGUCUUCGUUACUGUUGGAUUAACUGAAUGUGGGGGUGUGGGAACUUUGUGUUAAGCGAGAAAAAAUGGGAAGAAUUGAUUAAAAAAAAAUUAAAAGAAUUAAUUGUACAUUAAGUGCAAUCUUAAGGAAUGUUCAUAAAAAAGCCGAAAGCAGUUGUAGCAUUAAAAUACUUGUCUCUUUAAACAUCAAAGUGACAGGGUGCAGCAUGCCGUAUGUACACUCAAUGAAUUGUUUAUGAAUGCUUUGAGGAUUUGCGCUGUGUAAAGUGAAGAACAUGACUCCUAGGGAGUGUCCGAGCAGCAGCGGACAAAGGUAAACAUUACGAGUCGUGUGGUGUUCUGAUUACUGCAAGCAAAUGCCUUGAUGCUGUUUAGGUUUUGAGGGGGGAAAUAGAAAAAAGAAACCUUUAUGUGAAGACAAGGUUUGAGACAGAGGCACAGUAUUUCAAAUGCAACAUCAUCUGCUUCUGAUGGGCGGCGGGUGGAGGGAGGAAAGGGUGGGUGGGUGGAUGGCCAAGUGUCAACUUAAAAGCCUUAAUUAAAAGUGGUGCAAUUUUGUAUAACCGAGCAUCUGUAGUUUAAUAAAUUGGAUUGCCAUGCAAGGGCUCGCAAGAAGCCAGUUUUUGCCGGUUGAAUGUUUUGUGUAUUGUUUCAGCAUUUUCUGUCAGUCCAAUAAAAAAUGAAACCAUUUAA